GAUCGCGUGACUGCGCGAUCGCGUGUGGCGAGUCCGAGACGCUUGCGUAGUCACUGGGCGGAUAUCUCUGAUUUAGCAAACUCGCUGUCUUCUAAUCUAGCUGUUCAUCCAACGAGCAUUUGCAAGUUCCAAAAUGGUUUCACUAAAGCUGGAUGAUCGUUUGCUUGCUGCAUAUCUCUUCUAUGGCAGCAUUCUCUUGCUGAAAACUUGGGCCAUGUCAUUUCUCACCGCAAGGCAUCGUAUCAAGAACAAGGUAUUUCCAAGUCCAGAGGAUUACGGAGGAAAAAACAAAGAUAAACCUCUGAUACAUCAUGCUGAUGUGGAGAGAGUUCGAAGAGCUCAUCUCAAUGACCUGGAGAGCAUUCCAGUGUUUUUGAUUGUUGCCUUGUUGUACUCGUUUUCUGGCCUGCCGGCCAUACGAGCUAUUUGGUGUCUGCGUAUCUUCACAGCUGCUAGGAUCCUGCACACCAUUUCCUACUUGAAUGCCAUCACCUUGCCAAGAGCAAUAAGUUUUCUGGUUGGAGCAGGUUGUACUGUAUUUCUGGCUGGCAAUGUGCUCUAUGCAGCAUUUAAAACUGGCGCGUUCUAGUCGUGGACAAGAAGACUUAAGUUAGACCCGGUUCACAUUUCUGCCGUGUCGAGUUCAAUUCAACAAAUUGAAUUUGACGGAAAUUCGACGUCUGAAUCGGUUGCCGCAUUUCUGCCGCACGUUCGACUGGUCUUGUGCAUUAUCCGACAGAAAUG